ACCGGCGCGUGACGCAUGACGCAUUCAGGCGACGCGCGGCACACUUCCCCUAUAAAUCCCCAGCCUGCUCCACUCUGGCUUCAGAAAGACAGCGAGGUCAGAACGCGCACAUCACAGGGAGGACUUGAAACCAUCUCCUGCCACCGCAGCACAGACCUCCGGGUGCGACCUGCUGCGAGAAUGAUUAAGAAAAUGUCCCAAUGCGAGAAUGAGUUCAACAUACCGGCCAAGAAUUGCCACAGGUUGGUGAUCAUGGGCUCCACUAAAGUCGGCAAGACAGCCAUCGUCUCUCGCUUUCUCAACGACCGAGUUGAGGACCAGUACACACCCACCAUUGAGGACUUUCACAGGAAACUCUACGGCAUCAGGGGAGAAGUUUAUCAACUGGACAUUUUGGACACGUCCGGGAACCAUCCGUUCCCUGCAAUGAAGAGGCUUUCGAUUCUUACUGGUGAUGUGUUCAUCUUGGUGUUCAGCCUGGACAGCAGAGACUCCUUCCAGGAGGUCCAGCGACUGAAGCGACAGAUCCACGAGUCCAAGUCGUGCCUGCGAAACAAAACCAAGGAGAACGUGGACGUCCCGCUGGUGAUCUGCGGCAACAAGUGUGACAGAGACUUCUACCGGGAGGUGCAGGAGGACGAGAUCGAGCAGCUGGUCGGUGGAGAAGAGCACUGCGCUUACUUCGAAGUAUCGGCCAAGAAGAACACCAACGUGGACCAAAUGUUUCAGACUCUCUUUACCAUGGCCAAGCUGCCGAACGAAAUGGGCCCCGGUCGCCACUGCAAGGUCUCUCUGCAGUACUGCGAAGUACUUCGGCGAAAGUCCCUCAAAAGCAAGAAGUGCAAAGACGGGAACGCGUACGGCGUUGUGGCGCCGUUUGCGCAGAGGCCCAGCGUGCACAGUGACUUGAUGUACAUAAAGGAGAAAGCUGUAGGAGGCAGCCGGGCUAAAGACAAGGGCUGCACCAUAUGCUGAUACAUUUUCUUGGGCCUUUUUCGGCAAAUGACUUGGUGAGACGUCCCAGAGCUGAAGCGUCGCUCAUGAGCGUUCGGGGCGCAUGAGUCCAAAUACUGUAGAGACUGCAACGCCUCAAGAGACGCACUGGGAUCCAAACUGUGAGGAGACACCUACAUGGGGGGAGGAAAGGGGCUAAGCUCAUAGGCCCGUUCCCGCAGUAGAUGCUGAGAAAAUCCUGUAAAAUCUGCCUCUGUAUUCGAUUGCCGAGAUGGACACAUGCAGGGGGAAAAAAAGAUUACAACCCCCAACACACACACUCUUGUUGGACUGUGAAUGUUUUUGGCAUUACGAACAAAUUAGAAUCCAAUUGUGUAUUUAUUAUGUCCAUAUCAGUAUUUGGAUAAGAGAGAAUAAAGCUUGUUACUUUCCUAGUCCAUA